GAAACAACACAACAGCAACAGACAGCGCACACCACACACCGCCACACACAUACACGAGACGGACUGAGAGACAGAAGGAGAGAGCCAGGGAACGUCGCGAUCAUGAGCAGUGCGGGCAAGGGCGGCACGCGGUACUUUACGCCGAGUGAGGUGGCAGCUCACAACUGCGCGGAGGACUUGUGGGUGUCCUUCCUUGGGUAUGUGUAUGACUUGACGCCGCUGGCGAAGGAGCAUGUUGGUUCACCUCUGCUGCAGCCAAUCGUGGCGGUUGCAGGCACAGACAUUUCACACUGGUUCGACGAGACAACACAAGACUUGAGAAAGUUUGUGGACCCUGUGACGGGUCUGGAGCUCCCGUACACGCCACACGGGCGGUUCGUACAUGUGCCGCCACCAUGCCCCACAACGUCGUGGGCGACAGACUUUGGCAUUCCAUGGUGGAAGGACACGAGCAGGCGCAUUGGACGCCUUUCAAAGCGGACACGCCUUAUCAAAGUCACCAACAUGCUCUCGUCACAAAGUCAGACCAUCGAGGUGUGCAACGAGGAGACGCUGCAGCAGAUUGAAUCACGGUACCUGGAGUACAACUCGCACUCGCAGAGCUACACGUGGAAGCACCUUGGCAACGUGCUGGACAUGGGAAAGACGCUUGGGGAGAACGGCAUUGAGGAGUUGAGUGAGGAAUUCUACAAGCUGUCCAUUGACCAAUACGAGUUUGUACCGGAGAUUCAGGUCUACUUCAAUGACGACCUCACUGCACCCUAAUGCACAGGGAUAAUGUUGUACAAUGUGCUUGCGUGUUUGUUUGUUAGUUUGUGUUUGUUUGUUUGUUUGUUUGUUUGUGUGUGUGCUUGUGUGUGUGCUUGUGUGUGUGUGUGUGUGUUCGCACGCUUUCGGUGCGUGCUUGCACUCCUCUUCAAGCGUGUGUAUUGCGCUGCAACUCAAUUCAAAGGCGUUUCAGUUCUUGUGUGUCGUCUGUCGUGCGUAUCAUCAUCACUACACCCCCGCCCGCCGUCCGGUCAAUUACAGUGCGCUUCAACUUGAAUGCUUCAACUUGAAUGUUUACACAUUUUACACUUUGACUCUUUCCUCUCGUGCUGACAACGAUGGUGAUGAUGAUGAUGAUGAUGGUGGUGACAAUGAUGAUGAUGAGCAAUGUGAUGGAGGGGAAGGGAGGAAGCUAAUACAGCUUGCAUCAGCACAAUAAACCCCAACAGAGGCGCCCAACGAAUAUCAAACGG